AUGCAAGUGUUCCAACAUGUUUCUGUUUUGACUUGUAGGUUCUUGGACAGAGCAGCGUACAUCACAGCAAGAGAUCUUGAUGACAAGAAACAAGGCGGAGUGAAUCCAUGGAGGCUUUGUCCUGUGACACAAGUUGAGGAAGUCAAGUGUAUUCUUAGACUAAUGCCCAUUUGGCUCUGUACUAUCAUCUACUCGGUCGUCUUUACACAAAUGGCCUCUCUAUUUGUGGAGCAAGGCGCAGCGAUGAAGACCACUGUCUCGGAUUUCAAAAUCCCUCCAGCAAGUAUGUCCAGCUUCGACAUCCUUAGCGUUGCUUUGUUCAUAUUCAUCUACCGCAGAGUUCUCGAGCCACUAGCCAACAGAUUCAAGAAGAAGGAUGGAACAAAGGGAAUCACCGAGCUCCACAGGAUGGGAAUCGGCCUUGUGAUUGCUAUCUUAGCUAUGGUUGCAGCCGGGGUUGUGGAAUGCUUUAGACUUAAAUAUGCAGACAAGAGUUGCACUCACUGCGAUGGCUCAAGCUCACUAAGCAUCUUCUGGCAGGUUCCACAAUACUCACUCAUCGGAGCAUCAGAAGUGUUCAUGUACGUUGGUCAGCUUGAGUUCUUCAACGCGCAGACACCAGACGGACUAAAGAGCUUUGGAAGCGCUCUGUGUAUGAUGUCAAUGUCGAUGGGGAACUUUGUGAGUAGCUUAUUGGUGACAAUGGUGGUGAAGAUCUCUACAGAAGACCACAUGCCUGGUUGGAUUCCAAGGAACCUCAACAAAGGUCACUUGGACAGAUUCUAUUUCCUCCUGGCUGCAUUGACUAGCAUAGACCUGGUGGUGUACAUUGCAUGUGCAAGGUGGUACAAAUGUAUAAAACUGGAAGCGAAAGAUGAGAUGCAAGACAUGAUGAGUGAUGAUGAAAAUGAUACCGACAGUGAUGACUACGAGGAGCCAAUGAAGGAUACUAGAGUCUAA